UCAAAUCCCACUGUCAACAUUCUCCUUUUUUUCUUCUUUCCUUUUUUAUCAAAGAACUAAUAAAAAGAUUAUCUCAGAUCUUGACGAUAAGCAAAACCCUAGCGUUCUCUCUCUCGAUCUUCUCUAACAUCGGAGAGUUUGUCGGAAGAUCCUCAAUUCGAAAACAUAAUCACCACUGACUGAAUUUAGGAAUCGCGAUGGGUUCCAGAUCUCGUAAUGACAAUUUCCAAUCCGGCGAUGGUGCUAGUCCAGGGAAAAUAUUCAUCGGAGGAUUGCACAAAGACACCACUAAUACUGUGUUCAACAAGCACUUUGGCAAGUACGGGGAGAUUACAGAUUCUGUCAUUAUGCGAGAUCGACAUACUGGGCAACCUAGGGGUUUUGGUUUCAUCACCUUUGCUGAUUCUUCUGUAGUUGAUAAAGUCAUUGAAGAUAAUCAUGUCAUCAAUGGCAAACAGGUUGAGAUCAAAAGGACUAUUCCGAAAGGUGCUGGUGGCAAUCAGGCCAAGGAUAUCAAAACAAAGAAGAUUUUUGUUGGUGGCAUACCCUCCACUGUUACAGAAGAUGAGCUUAAGGACUUCUUUGCCAAGUACGGGAACGUGGUGGAGCACCAGAUUAUCCGAGACCAUGAAACAAACAGGUCCAGAGGUUUUGGUUUCGUGAUUUUUGACAGCGAAGAAGUCGUAGAUGAAUUAUUGUCCAAAGGAAACAUGAUCGAUAUGGCAGACACUCAGAAACGAUUUUCCAAAAUGUCUAUGUAAAUAACGAUUUUACUGCAAAGAAAACGACAAUCUCGGGCAUUCAGAACCGCGAAGUAAGGACACAUACUAUUUUUAGGCACAUAUUGGGUUUUUACAUUAACGUCUCUUUUUAACUCUACAAAAAAACUAAUCUUCAGUUUCACAAUUCCGACUAUUUUUAUA